UUCUUUUUAGUUUAUUCUAUUUCUAUUAAUAAUUUAUUUAUUUAUUUAAUUUUGUUUUGCAUAAAAUAUUUUUCUUCCCUUUCUCCAUAGAUAGUCAUAGUAAUAGUAAGAAAAAGACAAAGUCUUAACUUUCUCCGUCUAUUUCGUGACGAAUUAUGCAAUUUUUUUAAAAAAUUAUCUUUGAAUAUAAUUACAGACAUUUAGAGAGAGAAAUAUAAUCAAAAGAAAACAGAUUGAAAGGGAGAUAGAAGGAGAGAGAUUUAUAAAUAUAAGAAAAAAAAAGAAAAGAAAAGAGAGGUUCCUCGUAAUUUGUUAAAUAGUCUGUCGUUAAAACCCAGAUUGUCUUAAAAGCCCUUUUAAAGCCUUAUGCUUCUUCCUUCAGGGCUUCAGCACCAAUCAUCCUUCACAUUAUUUAGAAAAGCUUAGCUUUUUCUGGAGAAGGGAAAAAAGAAAUUUUUUGGGGUUAGAGCCAGAAAAAGGAAAGGAUUUUUGGACUCUGGGGAAUGAUGUUUUGAUGGUUUCCUUUCUGGGAAAUUUGCGUCCUUCAGCUUUUGUAUGAGGAAAAAGAUUCACCCAAAGGGUUGUUGAGUUGUAUAGCUUAAAGCUUUUUAUACAAUGGGGAAAUAUUUGUGACAAUAAUGGAUCCUCAGGCUUUCAUCAGGUUGUCAAUAGGCUCACUGGGUCUGAGGAUUCCUGGAUCAGCCCUGACUUCAUCAAAAGCUGGAAUUCAUGCAUUCUCUUCCCCAUAUUCAUGUGAGAUAAGACUCCGAGGCUUCCCUGUGCAAACAACAUCAAUUCCCUUAGUAUCCUCACCUGAAGCUACACCUGAUAUUCACAGCAUUGCCUCAAGCUUUUAUCUAGAAGACUCUGAUUUGAAGGCUUUGCUGACGCCUGGCUGUUUCUAUAACCCCCAUGCAUAUCUGGAGAUCAAUGUCUUCACUGGGAGGAAAGGGUCACAUUGUGGUGUUGGAGUCAAGAGACAACAGAUUGGAACAUUCAAGUUGGAGGUGGGUCCUGAAUGGGGUGAAGGAAAGCCGGUGAUUCUUUUUAAUGGAUGGAUUGGCAUUAGCAAAAACAAACAUGAGAACGGAAAACCAGGAACAGAGCUUCAUUUGAGGGUAAAACUAGAUCCUGAUCCAAGAUAUGUAUUCCAAUUUGAAGAUGUAACCAUGUUGAGUCCUCAGAUAGUACAGCUUAAAGGUUCCAUCAAACAACCAAUUUUCAGUUGCAAAUUUAGUCGAGACAGGGUAGCAAAGGUGGACCCAUUAAGCACUUACUGGUUAGGUUCUGCUGACAAUUUAGACAUAGAGACAGAGAGAAGAGAGAGGAAAGGAUGGAAGGUGAAGAUACAUGAUCUCUCUGGCUCGGCUGUUGCAGCAGCCUUCAUAACCACUCCCUUUGUGCCAUCAACAGGUUGUGAUUGGGUUGCCAGGUCCAACCCAGGAGCUUGGUUGAUUGUUCGUCCAGAUGUUUGCAGGCCAGAGAGCUGGCUGCCUUGGGGAAAACUUGAGGCGUGGCGUGAGCGUGGCAUCAGAGACUCUGUAUGCUGCCGAUUUCACCUGUUGUCUGAAGCCCAGGAUGCAGCAGAGGUUCUCAUGUCCGAGAUACUUAUUAGUGCUGAAAAGGGUGGGGAGUUUUUCAUCGACACUGACAGACAAAUGCGGCAGGCACCAACUCCAAUACCAAGUCCACAAAGCAGUGGAGACUUUUCAGCAUUAAGUCCUAUUGCUGCCGGCUUUGUAAUGAGCUGCAGAGUACAAGGGGAAGGCAAGAGCAGCAAGCCAUUGGUGCAACUGGCCAUGCGACAUGUGACAUGUGUCGAGGAUGCUGCCAUCUUCAUGGCACUUGCAGCAGCCGUUGACCUCAGCAUUGAGGCAUGCAAGCCUUUCCGAAGAAAGUUAAGGAGAGGAUCCCAUCGUUCCUUAUGAAAAAGAGAAAGAGUUAGUGUGAUUUAUUUUCAAUGAACAAAGAUGGCUCCAUAUUUGUGUUAGUUUUUGUAACAUUUGGCGUUGUGUACAGGAUCUUCUGGUUUACGUGUGUUCAAAAAUUGUAUAACUCAUUUAUGGUGUCAGUACAGCCUAAAUGACGCCUACCUAUCCAGUCUUCAAGCUAGGGCCUUUGUACAGGUGGUGAGGUUAUUCUGUUUUUCAGUUCUGAUAAGGUUUGGGAAUAUUGAACUUUUACCUCCCUUCAUCCUCGCGGUUUUCCCUCCUAAGGAUUGAUCAAUUUUUACUUUUAGACCUAACCAAACUUUAGUCUGCACCUUCGGUUGUCAUUGGUGCCAUGAUGUUUUAAAACUGCCAAUUGGAUUAUAUCCUGUUAAACUUAGAACUCGGUGCAUCCACUGGUUACAACUGGAACCGUUGUGUGAAAAUACGCUAAUGGCACCUGAGGCACGGAUCAGGUGGCGGACGCAAUUCAACCAAAUGCAUGUGUCAAUUUCCACCAGUAACCAAACUUUACAAAUGGACUUUUGAAACAAAACUAGUUCUAGAUGGUACAUGCUAUUGAGUUUAAUUCAUUGCAGGCCUUGGGGUUGUUAAGGUGCUUUGUCAAUGUGGCUUCGAACACAUGAUGUGGAGCGCGAAAACAUUGUUUCAAUGAACUACAAGAUAAAGAUUUGUUUAUGCGUUGAGAAGCUUAUUUUUUGUUUUAUUUAUCGAUGAAUGGGCAUUAUUGACAUAACAUAGCACGCCAUUUUGAAUGACCAAGUUACCAUCUCGUUUGGAUUCUGAAACAAAUUGCAAUUUAAAGGAGGUUGGGUUUGAAAAACGUAAUGGAGAAGCAGGAAGAUAUAGCAACAUGAGGAAGCUGAGGAAAGAAAUUUCCCUUUUUAAGGAAUAAGUGGCAGCC